AAGACCCAUAGGUUCAUAGUGACAACAGAAAAACCCUCGACUUCACUGGGAAAAUAACGCCGCCGUUCACUCUCUCAGCCUGCCUCCCCCGGUCGGUGGUCCGAACGAAUCGAGUUGCAGGCAAAAUAGUAUCUUUAUUCGAUUCGAUUAUGUAAUAAUGGACGCUACAGAGAAACGUACGAAUAAAAAGGAGAGAGCCAAGGAGCGUAGAGAGAAACGUCACCAAGAGAUCUCUCGCCUCCGUACAGUUCCUUAUUCAGACCACGACAGGUGGUGGUCUGCAGACACAAUAGCGGUGGUGACCGGAGCCAAUCGAGGAAUUGGAUUUGAGAUCGCACGACAGCUUGCAUUCCAUGGAUUGACAGUCGUUCUUACUUCAAGAGACACUACUACUGGGGAAGAAGCAACCAAAACCCUACAGGAAGAAGGAUUGAAAGUCGUCUUCCAUCAACUCGAUAUUUUAAACCAUGAAUCCAUUGAUUCCUUUUGUGCUUGGGUAAAUGAAAAGUAUGGUGGUAUAGACAUUCUGGUAAACAAUGCAGGAGUAAGUCAUAAUACCGGAUCUGAUAAUUCCGUUGAGUUUGCUGAAAAGGUAAUCAACACAAACUAUGUCGGAACCAAAAACAUGAUUAAAGCUUCGCUUCCAUUGAUGAAACCUUCAGCUGAAGGUGCUCGGAUUGUUAAUGUGAGCUCGCGAUUGGGAAGACUUAAUGGCAGAAGAAAUAGGAUCGGGGAUGUUGGAUUGAGAGAGAAAUUAGAAGAUGUGGAGUUGUUAUCAGAAGAUCUGAUUGAUGAGACUAUGAACAAGUUCUUGGAAGAAGUGAAAGAUGGGAGUUGGAUCUCUGGAGGAUGGCCUCAAAACAAUACUGAUUAUUCAUUGUCGAAGCUUGCAGUGAAUGGUUACACUAGGGUUAUGGGUAGGAUAUUGUCUGAAAGAGAUGAUGGUGAGAAGAUAUAUAUCAGCUGCUGCUGCCCAGGGUGGGUGAAAACUGCCAUGACUGGAUGGGCAGGUCAGACUUCACCUGAGGAAGGAGCUGAUACUGCUGUAUGGCUUGCUUUGAUUAGGGACCAGUCUGUUAAUGGCAAAUUCUUUGCAGAGAGACGUGAGAUUAAUUUCUAA